UUUGCUCUGUGCUCAAAUUAUGCAUAACAGCGCUUCUUCGCUAGCAAGACAAAAUUACAAGAAUACAGUUUAUGUUGUAGACUUCCUUUGUUUUUCAGAGUUUACGAUUGAAGCAACCAAAGUGAAGACGUUGGGUUUUCCCCUUACUUUUCAAACUUCCUUUGUCAUACCUGCCAUAAGCCUGACAUUAUUGUUAAUUUUCUAAUCUAAUAUGCUUGUGACUUUUUAGAUUUCUCAAAAUUAACACGCAAAAAAUCUUAUUGAUCGUCCUAUGAUGCUGGAUUAGUGCAUCUGUUGUUGGGUUAAGGGAAUUCCUUUCCAUGGAUCCAAACUUUCACGUGCUAGACCUAGUAAGGAAUCACCUGUCAUCUUUUCUCUAUGUCUGAACGAUUCUCCGGUGACCUCCAGUUUCUUCCGGCGACCAGGGGGUAACUUUUCUCUCUCACUCUCAUUUUCCAUCUUCCACCACCCAGGGGCGGAGCCAGGGGCCCAAUGCAGCGAAUUGAAAAAAAAAAAAAGUAAAUUAAAAAAUGAAAAUUUGUAGAGAGGGAGAUAGAGAAAUAGAAUGAAAGAGUGAGAAAGGGAGCACCAGGCGGAGAGAUCACUGAGCAGGGCUGCAGGCAGCAGGAAGGAGGUCGGAAGAGGAGAGGAGAAAGAAGAACGCGAGGAAAAAGAAGGACACAGGCAAACACAGCGGUCCCCAAUCACCAGAAGCGGAAGAAGAACAUAGUGUGAACAAUUUGUUUAUUGAUGUUGGACAUACCAGUCUUUUCUAACAAUGCCAAAUUGCUAGCAUCAAUUUCUUCCGAUGGUAGAGAUGUUGCACAUGGUUUGAGCGAUUCAGCAGUGAUUCAGCAGUGCAGCUAUAAGAGGCCACCACGUAUAAGCAGGUGAAUGAAUGUUGAUAUGUAACUAUUUUCAAUAAAAACAGAUACAAAAACUAAUUGUGUUACAUAGAAAGAAUACAAAACUACUUGUUUUAGGUAUUGCAGGUAUUUCUCAAAGUCUCUCUAGUUGUCACUGAUGCACAGAUGGGAAGCUACCCAAAGAUAUGGAUUUUAAUGUGGUUUUCUGCUCUUCUACGUGUGUUUCUCAUCGGUUAUGGUGAAUGGCAAGACAAACAUAUGGAUGUUCAUUACACAGACAUUGAUUAUCUGGUUUUCUCAGAUGCUGCUUCCUUGGUGGCAGCUGGGAAAUCGCCUUUUGGUCGAUCUACAUACAGAUAUUCACCACUCCUAGCCAUCAUACUUGUACCGAACACGUAUCUUCAUCCCCUAUGGGGAAAACUUAUAUUCUCCUCUGCUGAUUUACUCAGUGGUUGGUUCUUAGUUUAUAUAUUGAGACUACGUGGAGUGCCUGAAAACAUAUGUUUCUAUUCGGUGGCUUCUUGGCUCUGCAACCCCUUCACUUUCACCAUUGGUACACGUGGAAACUGCGAACCUCUUGUCUGUGCGAUGGUCUUGUGGAUCAUCAUCUGCCUCAUGCAUGGUAAUAUAUUGCAGGCUGCAUUCUGGUAUGGGCUUGUUGUGCAUUUCAGGAUAUACCCAAUUAUAUAUUCUCUUCCUAUUCUCAUUAUUCUUGACUCAGAGUACCAUCAACCUGGGGGGAAGCCUCUACUCAAUAUUUGGGAAGUUUGGCAGCAAAAGCCACAGAGCAGUUUAAAGGAGAAAAAUAUGAUCUUUUCAAGCUUAUGCAAAAUAACUGUAACCAGUGGCUGGUCUUCUAUGGGAAAUAUUCUCAAUCGGCAGAGGAUACUGUUUGCACUUUUAUCUGGGGCAAUCUUUUUCUUCUGGACAGGUCUCUUUUUUCAUCUCUAUGGAUGGGAUUUUCUGAAUGAGGCACUGCUUUACCAUCUAACUCGCACAGACCCCCGACACAAUUUUUCUAUAUAUUUUUAUCAUAUUUAUCUUCAUCAUCAGCAUCCAUUCUUAGUGUUGGAGAAGUUGAUAUCAUUCAUCCCUCAGUUGGCUGUGCAGUUGGUCUUGGUCUUUACUUUCGCAAAUGACCUUCCCUUCUGUUUCUUUGUCCAGACGGUUGCAUUUGUGGCCUUCAACAAGGUCAUAACGGCUCAAUAUUUUGUAUGGUUCUUCUGCCUCUUCCCUUUGAUUCUGCCAUGGAGCAAAAUGAAACUAAGAUGGGGAUUAACGUGCCUUGCAUGCUGGGUGGGAGCCCAGGUGCAUUGGCUUAUGUGGGGCUACCUCUUAGAAUUCAAAGGGCAGAAUGUCUUUCUUCUACUUUGGCUAUCAAGUGUUCUCUUCUUGGCUGCAAACGCUUUUGUUCUGGUUAUGCUUAUCAUCAAUCACUAUUAUUCACCUCUCUUCUUAAGAUCAGCAAAGAUGACAUCAACUGUCCAUGAUAAGAAGAUAAAGUAGCAGAGUACUGCUCGGUUACCGUUUUGCAGCUGUAUUUUUUCUUUUUGUACAUUUUAUUGCAGCAAUUGAUGUGAUUUAGAUCUAAUAGAGUUUUAAGUAAGACAGGUUGUUUUGAUUAACCAGAGAAUCAACCAAGUACGAUCAUGCAAAAAUUCACAAUGAAGUUUAAACUCGUCAACUAUAUUUCAACAUGCAAAGCUUCAGUCUCAAAACAGGAUUUGACAUGGGACUUGAUUCAAGUUUCUACUAAUAUCAGAUACGUGGAUGGCACCAUGCACGACUUAUGCAGAUAGCCGAGCAACUGCACCUUCCAUGUAUGUUAAAAGGGAACAGUUUACAGUUUGAUAUGGCCUCUUAACAGUCACCCUGGCUUGUUAAUUUGGACUACUUGUGCAUGCCAAUUCUUUUGAAUUAGUCAGUGGGUGGCGACGCCUUUGACUAUUCUUCUUUGGAUUCCCUUAGAGGCCCACGAAGCUACAGGACCUUGAUGCUGCUGUUCAUUAAGUCAAGGUGUUUCUUGGAAGAUUUUACAGGACGGGUUUUCCUGGCAAGAAUAUUGGUUUCUCAAGCUAAGACAUAGAUGUUAAAACGUUGAAGCAGAGUGUUCUAAUCUACUUUAUUAUGCUUUUCCUUGUAGAAACAUGUUAUGUUCAAAUAGAAAAUGAAAAAAGAGAUGUUCGCGAA